AUGUGGAGCUUGUCCCUGUAUGAUGCCGAGCAUCCAAGCUCCGCUGUCAAGGCAGCGGUCUCCGCCAAUGUACUUGCGCCUCCUUCAUUGACAUUGCAGCAGGUUCUUGAGCUUCAGGAGGCUGAGAUUGCAGCGUACUCCAAACCAGACUUUCAGACACUCUCGCGCAGUUUGGUUGGCUUCGCUUCGGCUUUGGUCAAGCACUUUGCGCGUCCAGAUGUAAGGAACGAGCUCUAUGCUGCCCUCGAAGCAGCCAGCCCAGAACAGAAGGCCCAUGUGCGGCAACAGCUGUGCAGCUUGGCUGAAUGGUGA